AUAAAUGAAAUGCAUACCUCUCUUACUUUCUCAUCAUUCCAAGGUUUUGCCGCUCCUAGUACCAAUAUAUUUGACUUUAUUACCCUCAAGAUUCACUCCGAGAUUCUACACCAGAUAACAAAAUCAAUUGAAUAAAUCCCAAAUUCAGUUCAAAAAGAACAAGGACAGAACAAAGAUGCCUUCUUCCACUAAGCUUCCUACCCGUGCCUUAGGACGUAAUGGCCCUCAAAUUCCUGCCCUUGGUCUUGGUCUCAUGGGUUUAAGUAGUAAGUUAAUCACCGUGGAUCAUUAGCAGACAUUUACAUUGACGAUUCAAUAACAGCUUUCUACGGAAAACCGGGUUCUGAUGAGGAGCGCUUUGAAUUUCUUGACCGUGCUCAUGAGUUAGGCUGCACCCAUUGGGAUUCAGCUCAAAUGUAUGGUGAUAAUGAAGUACUUUUGGGCAAAUGGUUCACAAGAACUGGCAAACGCAGUGAUGUAAGAUUGCGAUAUUGAAAACACACAGCUGAAAGAUGUAUGCUUACUGUUGUCUAGAUUUUCUUGACAACCAAAUUUGGUAACCAUGUCACACCAGAAGGUGGUCGAGAGAUCCGCAAUGAUGCAGAGUACAUUCGUCAAUCUGUGGCGGAGAGUUUUGAGAAACUCCAAACUGAUUACAUAGAUUUGCUCUACUGGUUAGUUCUCCACCAACUUCCCGAAAAAUGGACAUCGUUCUGACAAAAAUGUACCAGUCAUCGAUUCACUGGAACCAUUCCAGUCGAGACAAUUGUUACAGUUAUGAAAGAAUUUGUUGAGUAAGUUCUCCGUCCUAUGUGUUUCUUGACAGAGACUAAUUCUGAAAGUGCCGGCAAAGUCCGCUAUUUGGGCCUCAGCGAGUGUGGUGUUGACACCCUCGAGCGUGCAGUGAAGAUUCACCCCAUUCACGCAUACCAAAUUGAAUACAGUCCAUUCUCUAUGGACGUCGAGAAACCAGAAGUUGGGCUUCUCGACUGUUGCAAGAGACUCGGCAUAGCUCUCGUUGCCUACUCACCAUUAGGCCGUGGUAUUCUCACUGGUCAGUACAGAUCAGUUGAUGACUUUGACAAGGACGAUUUCCGACGAACAAUUCCCCGUUUCGCCACACAAGAGAACUUCGACAAGAAUCUGAAACUUGUUGAUACCAUUACCGCAAUUGGAAAGACAAAGAAUGCAUCACCCGGACAGGUCACACUUGCUUGGAUGAUAAAGCAAGAUCCUCUCAUUUUCCCCAUUCCAGGUACUAAAAAGAUUAAGUACUUGGAAGAAAAUAUUGGAGCUCUUUAUAUUAAUUUGACAGAUGAGGAGGAUCAGGAAAUCAGAAAUGCAAUUGAGAGUGCGGAAGUAGUUGGUACUAGAGUUGCUGAGCAUCUCAUGGGUGUUCUUGUGGUUGACACCCCUCCUCUCACCAAUUAACGGGUUUUUUGGGAGUUGGACCUCAUAAUGGAAAUUGGGCACCAGUUAUUGGUGGAAGCGUUUUUAUAGUAUCUUAUUUUUUCAUAUCUCGCAGUAGAGAAAUUUACCACGGUUCUUUUUACUCU